ACAGAUGUAUAUUUCGAAGUACAUGCUAUUUUGUCAAUAACAGUAAACAAAAACAGUGUAGUAAUUAAUUAAAAAAGUAGUAGGUAUAUGUGAUUUCAGUGAAGUGUGUAAAAAGAACUAAUCAUGUAUUAAUUGAAUAAAUUUUAAAUUAUAUACUUUCUGCAGUAUUUUUUAAUUUUGUUUCCUGAAAAUAGAACAAAGUAACUAUUGACAAUAUUUCAUUGUACUUUAAUCUAUAGUGAAAAACAAGUUAUGUCACAAAUUCUAGAAUAAACACUGCUAUGCCUAAGAAAACUAUGAUUGCUAAGAUUUGCCCAACUUGCAAACAACAAGUUCCAGUAGCAUGUAAAUCAUGUCCCUGUGGGCAUUUCUUUUAUAAUGCUAAACGCAUUGCGAGAGAGUUUGCUAUAGAGGCUGAUUAUAGAAGACGUACUUCUCGUGUUCGAAGAGGGAAACCUAAUUAUUAUGAUGCCCUUGAGUUUGACAAGCAUAUAAAAAAAAUUAAAAAAAGAACAAGUGAAUGUGAUAAUGAAGAGGAAGAAGAUAAUAAAAAAGAUAAUGGGAAAUCUAAGAAAAAAAAGGUUAAGAAGGAUGAAGAGGAAGAUGAUGAAGCAUUAACCAAACUGACUCCAGAACUUCAACAGCAUUGUCAGUCAAUUUUGGAUCAAAUUAAUAUAAAGUUAAAAAUGGUAACUUGGAAACCUACUUAAAAUAUUUUUAGGUAACUGACAAUUUAUAGUCACAUACUUCUUUCAAGUGUCCAACUCAUAAUAUGUGUUAGAUACUCAGCCCAACACUUUCUAUAACAAAUUAGCAAACAAAAUAAAUUUAUCUGACAGAUAAACUAUAGACUAUACAGUUCUCAAUAAGUACGGGUAGAUGAAAAGUCAAUAUUUGUAUGAUUCGUUUUGAAAUCGUGAAUGUUUGCUUAUAUACAUCAAUUCCCAAAAAGUUCUGGAAUUUCUUAAUAAAAUUAUUAUCAAAAA